GCGCACGUCGCCCUGCUGCUCUGCGCGCUCGCGCCGACCGUCGCGGUCGUCGAUCCCAACGCCCAGAUCGUCGCCGUGAGCACGCUGAGCGUCGUCGCCGGCGCGUACCGAAGCGUGCGACCGGCGAGCGAGGGCUCGGGAGAGGUCAUGACCAAGGAAGACGCGCAAAAGUUCCCUCUGCUCGGGUCGUGCGUGCUGUUCGGGGCGUUUCUGGCGUUCAAGUUUUUGCCCAAAAACGUGCUCGACGUGUGCGCGACGGCGUACUUUGGGAUGCUCGGCGUCGUGGCGAUGAGCGCGAUCCUGACCCCGGUCGUGCACAAAUUUGCGUUCGGGGGACGCGAGCUCGUGAGCUACGAACUGUUUUCGGUGCCGGAGAUGAAGUGGGUGAACGGCGAGCGGUGGACGGCGGAGUGCACGCUGGCGGAGGCGGCGGCGGGCGUCGCGGCGUUGGCGGGAACGGCGGCGUACGUUCGUUCGCGUCAUUGGUUGGCGAAUAAUGCGCUGGGAAUGUCGUUUGCGCUGCAAGGAAUCGAGUAUUUGACGAUUGAUAGCGUGCAGAUCGGGUCAAUCUUGCUCGCGGGGUUGUUCGUGUACGACGUGUUUUGGGUGUUUUGCACGCCGGUGAUGGUGAGCGUGGCGCGGUCGUUCGACGCGCCGAUCAAGCUACUUUUCCCGCGAGUCGCCGCCAGUGCGAUCGAGGGCGCUAAUAGACCGUUUAGCAUGCUAGGUCUGGGGGAUAUCGUCGUUCCAGGGCUUUACGUGGCGAUGAUUUUGAGGAUGGACAACGCGAGACGCGCGGCGGCGCUCGAGCCGAGAAAGUCGCUCACGAGAUCGGCGUCCAAAAAAGCUGCGACCGCCUCUCGAACGGUCCGCGACGACGGAAAGACUGUGACAACGUAUUUCCCCGCCGUCGCGUUCGGCUAUCUCGUCGGGAUCGUCACCACCAUCGUCGUCAUGAACGUCUUUGACGCCGCCCAACCGGCGCUGUUGUACAUCGUCCCGGGCGUCCUCGGCGCCACCUUCAUUCGCGCCGCUCUGGCGAAAGAAGUCGGCGUGACGUGGAAUUACUGCGAAGGAUUAGAAGAGGCCCAGGCCGAGCGCGACGCCGCGGAAGCCAAGACGAAGUCG